GGCUGGGAUGAGUACGGAGUAGUGGCCAUUGGCUGGGAUGAGUACGGAGUAGUGGCCAUUGGUUGGGAUGAGUACGGAGUAGUGGCCAUUGGUUGGGAUGAGUACGGAGUAGUGGCCAUUGGUUGGGAUGAGUACGGAGUAGUGGCCAUUGGUUGGGAUGAGUACGGAGUAGUGACCAUUGGUUGGGCUGAGUAUGGAGUAGUGGCCAUUGGUUGGGAUGAGUACGGAGUAGUGACCAUUGGUUGGGCUGAGUAUGGAGUAGUGGCCAUUGGUUGGGAUGAGUACGGAGUAGUGGCCAUUGGUUGGGAGGAGUACGGAGUAGUGGCCAUUGGUUGGGAUGAGUACAGAGCAGUGGCCAUUGGUUUUAGCACUUAGUAGAUCAUUAGUGAGGUUUAGUAGGGCAGUUUCAGUGGAGUGGAGGAGGGCUUGUUAAGUAUGGGAGGGAGGGGAAGGCACCAGUAGAGAGGGAGAGAUUGAAGAUGUGAUGAGUGAGGGAGCGUAGGAUGGAAGAAGAGGGUGACCGUAGUAGUUGUGAGGGGACAGGAUCCAGGGGGCAGG